GAGAUAUUUCAUGAAUGGACUGCUUUAUCCAUUUCACAAAGAAGGGAAGUGGGGCUUAGUGGGUUGCAUAGACUCAGCCAACAUCAGCCAGCUAGUUAGCAGUGGAACCAGAAGUGUGUUUCCAAGCAAUGUAUUGCAUGAGUUUCUAUAAAGAAAAAAAAAAGUGUGAUGUUCUCACAAAACGUGGACCAGCAAGGAUGUAGACCCGGGCUGAAAGUCUUCUCUUGCCAUAAAAUAUUUUCUUGGUUUUGAUUAUUUAAGAUUAUGUAUAGUUUAGUUCAUUUUUAAUCAUAAUAAUUUGCAUUUUUAGAAACAUUGGAAACUUUUUGAAAUGGGCAAUAGUAAACAAUCUGGAACCUUACUGCUGAUGCCCAGAAAUGUAUUUCUUUGAUUAAUUCCUUCCAUAGUUUCUCUAUGCAUGAUCUGAUCUUUUGCUUUAUUAUGAUCAUAUUAAGUGGAAAAAAUUUUGAGAGAAUUACAAAGUAUUAAGUAUUUCUUUACCACUCAAGUGCACUGAUUAAGUGCUCUCUAAGGAUGUUAUCUGAUUUAUCACAGAACCUUCUGAGGAUGUGGUCCUUGUUAUUGCAGAUUAAUUGAAGAGGAAUGAAUGCUUCGUUUUGAGAAAUUAAAUAAGUUGCCCACCCUCACAGAAUUGAUUGUUCUCUUGCAGCAAUGUGCAAAGUCUAAGAACUCAUUGAAUGACAGAAGGAAGAUGGCGGCUGUGCUCAACCCUGAUGCAGGCAGUUCACCAUGGGGAGCAGACGUCACCACCAGCAUCACAGGAACUGUCAUCUCAAAUAUGAGCUGAGAGGGUAAAAAUGAGGGUCCCUGUGCUUGAGACUGGGAAAGAGGAAACUGAAGAGGUAAAAACAGAGGAAGAAGAAAAUGAAGAAGACAAGGUAUUCCUGAAGCCUGUUAUUGAAGACCUAAGCAUGGAACUGGCCAGAAAAUGCACUGAACUCAUUAGUGAUAUCCAUUAUAAAGAAGAGUAUAAAAAGUCUAAGGACAAAUGUACAUUUGUGCCUGACACUCCCAUGCUAACCCAUGUUAAAAAUAUUGGUGCUUUUAUUUCAGAGGCAAAAUACAGAGGCACUGUGAAGGUCAACCUUUCCAACUCUCUUUAUAAGCAGAUGCCCGCCACCAUUGACAGUGUCUUUGCGAGAGAAGUUUCCCAGCUUCAGAGCGAGGUUGCCUACAAGCAGAAGCAUGAUGCUGCCAAAGGAGUCUCAGAUUAUGCCCACAUGAAGGAGCCACCUGAACUCAGACACGCCAUGGAGGUCAAUAAGCACCAGAGUAAUAUUUCUUAUAGGAAAGAUGCGCAGGACACCCACACAUAUACUGCGGAGCUUGACAGACCGGAUAUCAAGAAGGCAACUCAGAUCUCCAAGAUCAUAAGCAAUGCAGAAUACAAGAAAGGGCAAGGAAUAAUGAAUAAAGAGCCUGCUGUAAUUGGAAGACCAGAUUUUGAACAUGCGGUGGAAGCGUCUAAACUUUCUAGUCAAGUUAAAUAUAAAGAAAAAUUUGACAAUGAAAUGAAGGAUAAGAAACAUCAUUACAACCCCCUUGAAAGUGCUUCUUUUAAGCAAAACCAGAUUGCUGCUAUACUUGCAAGUGAUGUGAAGUACAAGAAAGACAUGCAAAACAUGCACGAUCCAGUUUCAGAUCUCCCAAAUUUGUUGUUUUUAGAGCACGCUUUGAAAGCCAGCAAAAUUCUCAGCAGACGAGAAUAUAAGAAGCUUUUUGAGGAAAACAAAGGAAUGUACCAUUUUGAUGCGGAUGCUGCAGAACACCUGCACCAUAAAGGCAAUGCCAUCCUUCAGAGUCAGGUUAAAUACAAAGAAGAAUAUGAGAAAAAUAAGGGAAAGUCAAUGCUUGAAUUUGUUGAGACGCCAUCUUACCAAGCUUCAAAGGAAGCUCAAAAGAUGCAAAGUGAGAAAGUUUACAGAGAGGAUUUUGAGAAGGAGAUCAAGGGAAGGUCCUCACUGGAUUUGGACAAGACUCCUGAAUUUUUACAUGUAAAGUACAUCACCAACCUUCUGAGAGAGAAAGAAUAUAAAAAGGAUUUGGAAAAUGAAAUAAAAGGAAAAGGAAUGGACCUUAAUUCAGAAGUUCUUGAUAUUCAGAGAGCCAAACGAGCAUCUGAAAUGGCCAGUGAGAAAGAAUACAAGAAAGAUCUAGAGUCCAAAAUUAAGGGCAAGGGAAUGCAGGUUGGUACUGACACCCUUGAACUCCAGCGUGCUAAAAAAGCGACAGAGAUAGCCAGCGAGAAAGAUUAUAAAAGAGAUCUGGAGACUGAAAUUAAAGGAAAAGGAAUGCAGGUCAGCGCAGAGACUCUUGAUGUGCAAAGGGCGAAGAGAGCCUCUGAGAUGGCCAGCCAGAAGCAAUAUAAGAAAGACUUAGAAAAUGAAAUUAAAGGAAAAGGAAUGCAAGUGAAUGUGGAUAUCCCAGAUGUGCUUCGAGCCAAGAGGGCGUCUGACAUCUGUAGCCAGAAAAAGUAUAAAGAUGAAGCAGAGAAAAUGCUUUCUAAUUAUUCCACUGUGGCAGAUACUCCUGAAAUUCAGAGAAUUAAGACAACUCAACAAAACAUUAGUAUGGUAUUUUAUAAGAAAGACAUAGGAGCUGGCACAGCAAUAAAAGGUACUCCAGAGAUGGAACGAGUGAAGAAAAAUCAGCAAAAUAUUAGUUCAGUGAAAUACAAAGAAGAGAUUAAAUGUGCAACAGCUAUUUCUGAUCCUCCAGAGCUAAAGAGAGUUAAAGAAAACCAGAAGAACAUCAGCAAUCUCCAGUAUAAAGAGCAAAACUAUAAGGCCACUCCAAUAAGCAUGACCCCAGAGAUAGAGAGGGUGAGGCGAAACCAGGAGCAGCUGAGUACGGUAAAAUACAAAGGACAGAUUAAACAGGCAACUGCCAUUUCUGACCCACCAGAGCUGAAGAGAGUGAAAGAAAACCAGAAGAACCUCAGCAAUGUUUAUUAUAAAGGUCAGUUGGGAAGAGCUACAGCUUUAAGUGUAACUCCUGAAAUGGAAAGAGUAAAGAAGAAUCAAGAAAAUAUUAGCUCGGUAAAAUAUACUCAGGACCAUAAAACUAUGAAAGGCAGACCAAGUCUGCUUUUAGAUUCACCUGGUCUGAGACAUGUUAAAGAAGCACAAAAUCAUAUUUCAAUGGUAAAAUAUCAUGAAGAUUUUGAGAAGACAAAGGGAAGGGGCUUCACUCCUGUGGUGGACGAUCCUGUGACUGAGCGAGUAAGGAAGAACACCCAGGUUGUCAGCGAUGCUGCUUACAAAGGUAUCCAGCCUCACGUGGUGGAAAUGGACAGGAGGCCUGGAAUCAUUGUUGACCUUAAAGUUUGGCGCACAGAUCCUGGCUCUAUCUUCGACAUCGAUCCCCUGGAAGACAAUAUUCAGUCUAGAAGUCUCCAUAUGCUCUCUGAAAAAGCAAGUCACUAUAGGCGACACCGGUCUCGAUCUCAUUCAAGCAGUACUUUUGGUACAGGUCUGGGAGAUGAGAAGUCCGAAAUCUCUGAGAUUUACCCUAGCUUUUCAUGCAGCAGUGAGGUAACAAGACCGUCUGAUGAAGGAGCGCCUGUUCUCCCUGGAGCUUACCAGCAAAGCCAUUCCCAAGGCUACGGGUACAUGCACCAGACCAGUGUGUCGUCCAUGAGGUCUAUGCAGCACUCACCAAAUCUAAGGACCUACCGAGCCAUGUACGAUUACAGUGCCCAGGAUGAGGAUGAGGUCUCCUUCCGAGAUGGCGACUACAUUGUCAACGUGCAGCCCAUCGAUGACGGCUGGAUGUACGGCACAGUGCAGAGAACUGGGAGAACGGGCAUGCUCCCAGCGAAUUACAUCGAGUUCGUGAAUUAGUUACUUCUCCUUGCCCUUUGAGCUUUAUUCUGAUGUAUCCUAAACCUAAUCUUUUUAAAAGAUAGAAGAUACUUUUAAGCAACUUGGCAAUUAUUUUACAAUAAUGUCUCCUUACUUUGACAGUUAGACACACAGGUACCAGGAAGGAGGAAUGAAUUUUGGCUGACAAGAGCAGCAUAAUCAGUAAUUCCUAUAAACAAAAAUCAUUACCGUCUGGAGACCUGGUGCUGCUAAUUGUGUUUGUGGUUUCCUUUGAUUGGCUAUUGAACCCUUCUGGGAAAUGUAUUUUUGUAGACUUUAUUAGAGAUGUUGAUUGUCCCUUCACUGUAACGAGUGUGUGAAACUUCUUAGCCGUCACUUUGGAAUCACCAGAAGCCAAUUCUCAACUCAGUAACACAGCCAAUAAUUUAAGAACUGCUUAGCUUUUGAGUCAUUAGGCAAUCUCUAGUUCAGCUGGACAUUGCCUACUACACUAAAUGUAAGCAGUGACAGAAUGACAGUCUGCUUAAAAUUUUAUUGACUGGUAGCCUUAGGGACCCAACAGGAAAUUUCCUGGAUCCCAAGGCUGACUGGGGUCUGUUUAUUUCUCAUUUGUACCAAGGCAUAAUUUACUCCCCAUUUACAUUCUGUGGACUCAAGUACUCUUGGUUCCACAGAAUGUCAGGACCAAAUAACUUCACAGCUACUCUGUAAAGGGCAAAGUUUAAUGUCAUCUGUAUUAUUUCCCUAGUACUGUUCACCCUGUUGCAUGUCAUGUAGGUUCAAGUUUCUGUAACAUAGGCAGCUGCCCCGCCCAUUCUUGUUAAAGCAAACAGUACGGCUGAUAUCUAAAAACCUUUCCCUCUAGUUGCCAGCGCAUCAGAAAAACAUAUUUUGAGAAGUUGCUUGAGAUUUUCCUGCUGUAUUGCACUGUAGUUUUGAAGGAUUUACACCUUAGGAAAUAGAUGUAUAUUAUAAUAAAUAAGUGAUUUAGGUAUUUAUUGAACAGCUUUCAUUAACUUAAUGCUGCUGUUGACUUAAAAGCAAAGAAAAUUAAUAGAUUCCAGUGAAAAAAUGGUAUAUAGAGUAUACUAGGAAAACCCCAGCAAACAAAGGUUACCAACUCCACCUAGCGAUCAAUGAUCUGGUUCCUUAUUUUGGAAAAAUGGUCUUCAAAUUCUGGAAUAGAACUCUAGCCAUUAAGACUGGCUAAUCAGAAAGACUUUCCAUUCUCUGAUUUUUAUUUUCUAAGUCACAUUCAUAGGAAUGUCAUACAGAGAUUUUUCAGUACAAGCCAAACAGUUUGUCUACUGAAAAAGACGUUGUUGACAUGUUUUGGGUGACUUUUCAGGCUAUUGCUAGAUUCACAGGUGGGUCUUGGAAUUUUUCCUGGAGCCUGCAAUCCAAGUCACCAAGAGAUUGAUGUCCGUUGGCAAUUCUGUGUUUUUCUGAUUGUGUCCUUUAUUGUGAUUUGCAACAGGGUAGCAUUUAUGUAGGAUCUAACUCUAUAGUUGUGAUGAAACUGAAAAAAAAUGAAGUUACAAAAAUAUAAAAUAUAUGGGCAUUGGGGAUAUAUUGUUUGAUAUAUUCAAGGAAAUUAACAAAACAUCCUGUAAAACAACUCUUCUUGAAUGUUUACUAGUCUAAAGGCCAAAGCUGGUUCAUUAACACCUUUGAAGAGUUAGUACAUAUUUUCAAAAAUCUAUUGUUUCCCCUUAUUAGGUUAAAAGAGAAAAGUAAGCUCUAUUCCACUAAAGCUCUUUCUACAUGACAUUGACAUACAAUUUAAGAGAAAAAAAAUUAGGCAAAUAAUUUGAGGCAUUUAGAAGAGGUUUGCAGAUUACCAGAUAGCCAGUUCAACUGAUUUUGCUGUCAUUUAAAUGGCCGGUCAUGAUUAAACUGAUUAAACUCUGUAUCUGCUUUGAUGUCUUGUAUAGAAAUGCACAAAGACAAACUAAACUUGCAAUAAUUUUGCAAAACUCUGUGCAUUAAAACCAAGGGCAAUGAGCCCACUUAAUUAGCUUAGGUAUGUCUUUUCGUUUCACCCAGGCAGACUUCUUUUUUUUUUUUUUUUUUUGGUUAUCAUUAAAAAAAAACAAAAAAACAAAAAAACAGAGUAGUGGCUGAUUAAAUUUUCAGACAAUACAGGCAGAACAGGUACAAUUGUUAGUAAAUAGCACAUGUAUUAGGAAGUUCGAAAGAACUAACUUGAAAUAAUACUUGUCAUCAGGAAAGUUACCAUAAAGUAAUAGCUUGAUGUUUCAUGUUUUUCUCACUCAUUGAUUUAAAAACAAGAUUUAUUGAAUGUAUAAGUCAGUACAUGGGGAAUAGGUGUCCUAAAAUUUUAAGCUGCAUAUAAUGUUUGCAUAGCAAGAUGUUUUUGCUUCAGGACUCUAGGAAUUAAGAUCUGAUCAGAAUUCAUCUAGAGGGCAGUUAUUUUCAAUAAAGACUGAGGCAGAACAAGAUAUUGCAUGCUCUUGAGAUUAAAAUUCGAUAAUGGCAUUGUUACUAGCACUUGCGAGGAUAUUAAACAUCUCAGCAGAAUAUAAGCAACAUAGAGGCAUAAUACCAAAUUGCUACUUUUACAGCUUCAUUUUUUACAAAAGCUACAUUCUCAAACAACUUUUCCACUUUCUGCGUGCCUCCUGCCCACCUUCAACUUAGCAACAGAUAUCUCAUAAGUAACCCAGCUAAGGGAGAAUUUUAAAAUGAGCCUUUUAAAAAUCCAGUUAAAGAAGGCUGUGUAAAUGCUAAGCAUCGAGAGCAUGUACCCAAUUCCUAAAUUUGAUGUGCCCUCAAGCCUGACAAAAGCACAAGAAAUAGUUUGAUACACUUUUAAAAGCUUCUGAAAAGAAAGCUGUUUAUGGAUCAUAUUUCUCCCGAGAAAAGGAUAGUGAGAGAAUAUAUUGCUUUUGUUGUUGAGUUUUUGUGUUUUUUUUUUUUCAAAACUAAUUCUUGUUCUCUAGAAAGCUGUCUAACCAAUGCAAAGUGAAAUCUUCAUGUCUUCUUGUUAUUGUUGGCACAUCUGCAGCUUAGCCCAGUUUGAAAUAUUUAUCUGGUUGUCAGCCCUCCACAGAGGCCCUGCAUCUUACCAUGCCUCCCAGACUCCACAGACCACACAGGAAUUUGUAAGCACAGUUUCCUUAAGUACCUUGUAUGAAUAUGGAUGAGAUUAGACCAGCCCCUCUCUUGCUCCUACCUACAUGGCUUGAAGAUGAUGAAAUGUGGUUCUGCCAGUUUUACUCUAGUCCUUUUUCCUGGUCCUCUCAGUGUUGAGCCUUACAACACUCAGGGAAUUAGGGAGUUGAUUUUUCCAAAAGAGACAGUGGAAAUUCAAGAGGCGUACCUCAUUUUCAAGUUCAUCCAUCUCCAAUGGAAUAUUUUUAUGGAAAAGAUAAAGAAAAUGGGUGUGAUCUUUAAUAGCACAUUCCUAUAGAAAGUGGAUAUGGUUUUUACCAAAAUCAUAAUUCAGAUAUAUAAAAAGAUAGGUGCCUUUUUGAUUACCCUUGCUUAUUCAUUAUGUUCUUAAGAAAAAAAAAUACAAGCAAGCAAGCUUCUGUCUAUUCUAUAGUAAUAUUUUUAUUAUAUGACUGGUAUUUUUGUGGUGGGGAAGUGGGAUGCUCCUGACAGAUAUUAAAGGGAGUAGCUGAUUGUAUUUUACCUCUAAAGGUUUAGAACUUUAUAAAAUGCUGACUGCUGUUAUCUAUUUCUGAAAAGUUCUUUGUGGAUUUAUAUAUAGUUAAGAUGUCAUAAAUAUUAAUUUGGGGAUUUAAAAUACCUAUUGUAGGAUAGAAUAAUUAUAUUAUGAGACCGAAUUCACUACAUAAGAUGAACUUCAUAAGCUGAUUAUACCUUAACUGUUUGCAUCUGAUAAUCUGGAAGUGGCUAGAUUGUGGUGGUUUUGGGUAACAAAAGUAAGAAGCUAGGUAAACAACCUUAAAGAUGCUAAAAUGAGAAUCUCUUUCAGAAGUAUUCCAUGCCCUUUAGGACUCUUUUCAGCUACUAUUGAUGAUCAAAAAUUCAAGACCCUGUAUGAUUUUUUUUGUGGUCAUCAUUCCAUGAAGCUUAGACUACUGGAAUCCACCAACAUGGAAGUAUCCCUGGCAAAUAUUCUCCCCAGUUGUCCAUAUUACUUCAGUAUAUUCAUGGGAAUUCCAUAUGCUUUUUUGUGUUGGAGAUGUGGUAUCCAGUUUGCAUCGUAUAUACUUCAUUGUAAUCCAGUUGCUGUUAAGAGUGAUUUGCUUUAGUAGGAAAAGAGAAAACAGCACCCAGGCCCAUCCUUUAAGUCCAUACAAUGAAUUGCUGAGCAUUUUGGAAGCAGCACCAAGUAUGUAACAGUCAUGAUAUGUGUGGAACUGUUGGUCUGUGAUAUAAAUGCACAUUUAAUCAUUGUGUAGUUUGGCUCCUGAGUGCUUCAAAAUAUGUAGAGUUGUGGUGGAUUAAUUUGUGAGACUGUACUAACUUUGAAAGCAUAAAGGUUGUGAAGGAAACAACGAUUUUCAAAUGAAGGGGUUUAUAGAAUGAAACAAUGUUAUUAACUUAGUUUGGCUUUUGUUAUGCAAAUUGUUAACACCAGCUAUUAAAAUAUAUUUUAGUAGAAAGGCUUUAAUUAUGUUUUUUUCCUCUACACUGUGAAUCUUUAAGCCUUGGUGGAUGAGAGAAACAUUGUGCUGCCCAAAGGACUAACCUAUGCAAAUGAGUUCACAUUUUAAUGGAUGUCACAGUAAAUGUGUAAUAAGACAUAAUUUCUCCUGCACUGAAAUAACACAUUAAGCCUAGCAUCCCUUAUGUAUAGUGUAGUCACUCACAAACCCUACCGUACUCAUCAGUAUUUGUUUAAAAGUAAAUCUCUUGUUUCAAAGUAAAUCUACUGAAACGACUUGAACGAUGUCAGAAUGAGAAUGACAAGUGGGUGUGUUGGUCAUGGGUCCCUGCAGGUGGUCUCUGAUGGUGGAACUGUGUUCUCACAUGCACUCUCUUUAGGGUCUAAAUAUUCCGUGUCCUCUUUCUGUAUUUGUAAAACAUUAUGAUGCAUUAAUUUCCUAUCUCUACACAUUUGGUUUGCUUAAAUAAAUGCAGGAUAUAACAAAGUGAUUCUACUUCUUGGCUCUCACCGUGGUUUCUUGGAGCACAGAUCACUAGACACAGGGUCACUAGAGAACCUGGGUAUUAGGUUUAUCAUCACAACUCACAUCAGACUGCAUCAAAGACGUGUGCUGGUUUUGGCUAGUCAUUUAAAAUACAUUUUCCUCCCCACAUGGUCUUAGUUUUAAGUGAUAACAAUAUGACGCUUUUUCAAGCUCAGUAUCUUACUGAUUUUGUAUCAAAGUACUACAGGAAUGCAUCAUUGUAGUUAACUUCUUUUGGGAUUGAGUUCUUCAUAUGUCCUCACUAAUACAAUUCUAAUUUUCUUGUAUUUGUAAGAUGAAAGAAACAGCUUGGAGCAAAAAAAAAAAAAAAAAAAUGAAAA